GAUGAAUUCCAUGUCUGAGAUACCAGUCAAGUGCUCUUCUCGACUGCAAGGCCUUGCGUAUCCUGAAGAUGGAUGCUGCCCCAGCGUCAUCUUGUAAUGGCCUCGUCUCGGACCAACCUUGCCCAAAGAGCUGUCAACAGCGACGUCGAAGAUGAUCCCUCCUCGCGCCCGAGAGCUCGUGUCUCUCGUGCUUGUGCCAGGUGCAGAAGCAGAAAAGAUAAGUGCGACGGAAAACACCCGCAAUGCUCAAAUUGUAUCAGUGCGAGCCAACCUUGCCUAUACCUGCCAGCGAGCAAAAAGAGGGGACUGCCAGAAGGCUAUGUUCGAGGCAUGGAAAAGCUCUGGGCCGUCAUGCUACAGAAGAUCAAUGGUCUGGACAAUACGGUAAGCCGUGUUGUCGUGGAGCACCAGCAAGAUCUCCUGCGCUUGUGGAACCAUCACAAACAUGGCGAGGCUUUACAUGCAACCUGGAAGGAUUCCAAGGUCUUGUCAGAGCUCGAGAAGCUGUUGUCUCAGUUGGACCAGCCUGCCUCGAAUGACCUCAAAAGAAAAAGAGAUCGAGACGAGCAAGACAACAUCGCCGACACAUAUGGAGAUGACUUAGGGGCGUCCGUUCAACUUGAACCAGAAUAUCGUGUCAGUGAUUUACUGCAACCGGAGCAGGCUACUCCCAAUAACACCUCCUUGAACCAUUUACCGUCUGCCAACGCUGGCAGGCAUCUUCCAGACAUGGCACCAGGCUUGAUCGAUCAUUACUUCGUCUACACCCAUUGUUGGUUCCCCGUCCUUAGCAAGCCUUUGACUUUGAAGACCUUUUAUGAGUGCCGUAGGCAAAACACUGGCCCUCUCCCAGACACAUCGGCCCUUGCUUGUCUGUGGGCUCUUUGUGCCUACACUCGCCAGCAAGCACUUCAUUCUCAGCUCCCAUUGUCGGACCGCGAAAGGAUAGCAAGCCAGGUUGAAACUUGGCGCACGAUUGCCGGGGAGCUGAUUCCCCGAGAUGGAGAGGGGUCGCAUCCUGGCCACGUGCAAGCUCUUCUCCUCUUGGUAUUGCUAGACUUGGGACUUGGGAGAUGGAGCUCGGCUUGGGUUAUGGUGGGCCAAGCGGUACGUAUGCUGCUGGACAGAGUUCCCGCUCUACAAAACCCUCCUAAAGAAUGGCUGGCAACACUGCAGGGAAGUUUUAUCUUAGAUACGAUGGUGGCUAAUCGUCUUGGACGACCCCCGCAUCUACAAAGCGAACACAUCAGGUGGACGAAACGUCUUGAUCAAGACUCGCACGAGGAAUGGGAACCAUGGAAUGCACCAUCUCGCACUGGUGCUGAGUUCCAAGAACCGGCUUUCACUGUCAGUUGUUUCAAUAGGGCAACAGAGCUUUGUUUGAUAUUGAAUGCUAAAUCAGCAAGCCGCCCAAGCCAAGAGAGCUCCUAUGACUUGGCCCUGCAAGUACAGAGAGUCGCCGAGUCAAUGUCAUUUCCAGUUGUGGCACUUGAAAGACGCCCCCCUCACCAGAUGCUCCUCCAGUUGCAGUAUUUUGCCACGUUGGUCAAGGUCAGUGACCUCAAUGGUGAAGGUCAAUUAGCGUCUUGCGGGAAAUUUGUUGAAGUCUUGGAGCUUUGCAAUGACCUUUGGAACGAGGGCGAGACGGCCGCCAUACCGUCUCUUACUGUUCUUCUUUGUCACGAUGUCGAAUCCAUUCUCUCCGCUCUACGUGACGUGCCAGGCACUCUACCUGUCAGUGUCUUACGGCAAAGGCUUCAACAGGCGAAGUCAAGGAUGUCUGGCGGGUGGCCAAGUUUGAAGGUCAACACGCAUCCUGACACCCUCGCACCGCAGAGCACCAGUCGGGAUACUGGUCGACAACGUUCCAGUACAGCCGGAACUUUAUUCCCUAUUCUCGAUACGGCAACAAACACAACACCUUCAUUGCUGUCCACUCAGUCUUCAUUUUGGCCCGUUCAGAAGGAACCGAUUACCAUGCAGAGGCGAACAACAGGCGGCGGUAAUGAGAUGGUGAUUCCCCCCAUUCUUCACGAUCCCAAGAUUUCGCACAUGAUCCAGACUUUUGACCCACAGCAACAGCCACAGCCAGCUCUGUCGAAUCAAUCUCUGGAUUACAGUUCCAUGAGCAUAGACAUACCAGAUCCUCAGGAGCGACUCAACCCAUUUUUGCCCAUAGGCAGCGAAGAGCAGCCGAUUGGUGGAGCGACAAGUUCGCCCAGUUUCAAUGGGGACGAGAUCGACGCACUGUUUCAUGAGAUGGCCGAACUCGACACAACUCAGUGGUCUCUGAAUCGAAGCCAAGGGUUGAGGGAUUUUGGAUUUCAAGACGACUCUACCUUUGAAGCCUUUUGUAACGACCCAGAUCGGCUCAUGCUAUCUGACAAUUAUAUGGGUCCUGGCUUCAGCAAUAAUGUCACCCACGUUAGCGAUCAAGCUGCAUACUCUCCGUCGCUUCAGCCGCAAGUUGGAGGCUCAGGCAUGAAACAAGGCGCAGCUACUUUUGAUAUCUUUGACGGUGCUUGGAAAGGGUGAAAGCCUCGUCCACGGGCUUGUAUGGCGCCAUAGUAGACAGGGAGGAAAGGCCUUGGUGAAAGGAUGCGACGGAUGUCCAAGGAUUGAUAUGUGUGAGUAGGAUACGGUAUCCGGACAUAGUAUCAACAUGCUUUCCGGUCAUUCGCCUAAAUCAGCAGAGCCUGCAGAUUGUGCGGCCGAUGGAGCCAAUUGUGUCACGUAGGAGUUGGAGGCUUGGAGGGGGCCGAAACGGGCUGCAUCCAAGGACGCAAAGACCGUGAGGAUCUAGGAUUGGGAGGGCGAUCGGAAUGCAUUGGCAGAAGCGAGGCUGAUUUGGAAAGGGAGCUCUACAUCAAACUCAACGUAUCGGUAGUCGCGCCGCUGCCUUCUCACGAGUCAAAAAUCGACCAUUCGCAUACUGGAAAAGCUGGUCUUGACUGAUCGGUUUCCCUACGCCGGUGAUCAGAUGCUGCAGCGUUUAGCGUGUGAUCUAUUUUACCACGACAUGAUUAGGAGAUUCUCUCUGAUGAGCUCAAUCGAGGAGAUGAGAGGAAUGACAUUAUAACCGCCCUGGGCGAGCAGCAAGG